UGUGUCAUGGCGCUAAAGUUUUGAUCCUGAGCUGGUUGCUGGGAUGUGCUCCAGCUGAUUAGACAGUCUUACUUUAUGACUUCUGCGAGCUACGUAGGAAGGACCCUGGAGGACACUGAAGCCAGGCCAUGUUACCAGAGACUGCAGUCCCUGAAACUCCUCCAGGUUCAUCUGGAUUCCCCACGUGCCGAAGGCAGCCCUCUCAUACUGAUAUCCGAGAGAAGAUCAUGGAAAUGGCCCAAGGAAAAGGGCAGAUAAACUGUAGAGCUUCUGUGUAAGGAGGGAGUGACCUUUGAGGAUGUUGCUGUGACCUUCACCAAGGAGGAGUGGGCUUUGCUGGAUUCAUCCCAAAAGAAGUUCUAUGGAGAUGUGAUGUGGGAAACCUUUUAUAAUGUGUCUGCUAUAGGAAGAAAUUGGGAUAACCAGCAAAUUGAAGAUGAGUGGCAGCAAUAUUUGAGGAGAAAUCUAAGAUGUGAAGAGGCAGUGGAAUGCCGUCAAAAUAAGUCAGGGCAUGAAGAUGGAGAAAUGUUUUUUUGGACUCUAGAUUCUGAUGUGAACUUGAAACUUCCUGGUUUGAAAUCAUCUGAAAAUCUUGUUUGUAGAAAGUCCCUGAUUAAUCCAUUGCUAGAUGUACCUAUCAUAGGUCACACUGCUCUCAAAUCAUAUCACUGCCAGGGAUUUGAAGACAAGCUAUCUAAUUGUAAUAUACAUGAUUCCCAGAUCUUUCAGAGACAUGCAAGUACAAACACUGGGGAGAGACCCUGUAAAUAUAAACAACGUGGGAAAGCUUACUCUGACUUCAGUGUAGAAACUCGAACUGGAGAAAAGCCUCUUGAAUUUGAACAAGACUCUAUGCCCCAUUGUGUUCCAAUCCAUGAAAGAAAUCACAGUAAAGUGCGACCCUUUGUAUACACACAAUGUGGCAAAGCUUUUAAUUCCCAUGACUAUAUUCAAAUACAGGAAAAACCUCAUUAUGAAGAAAAACACUAUGUAUGUAAAUUAUGUCAGAAAUCCUUUACUAGUAGCACUUCAUUUUGUAUUCAUGAAAGAACUCACUCUAAGGAGAAACCCUAUGUAUGUAAACAUUGUGGGAAAGCUUUUGGUAAACCUAGUAACUGUCGAAUACAUGAAAAAACUCAUAUUGGUGAGAAACCUUAUGUGUGCAAGCAGUGUGGGAAAGCUUUUAGUACACACAAGUAUUGCCAAAUACAUGAGAGAAAUCACACUGGAGAGAAACCCUAUGUAUGUAACCACUGUGGGAAAGCUUUCAAUUUUAAGAGUAAUUGUAAAAUACAUGAAAAAAUUCACACUGGGGAGAAACCUUAUCUAUGUAAGCAAUGUGGGAAAGCUUUCACUAGACAUAGUGAUUGUCAGAUUCAUGAAAAAACCCACACUGGGGAGAAACCCUAUGUAUGUAAAGAAUGUGGCAAAGCAUUCAGGACAUAUAAGUAUUGCAAAAUACAUGAAAGAAAUCACACUGGAGAGAAACCCUACAUAUGUGAACAGUGUGGGAAAGCAUUCACUUGUAAGAGUUCAAUUUGUACACAUAAAAGAACUCAUUCUGGGGAGAAACCCUAUGUAUGUCAACAGUGUGGGAAAGCAUUUAGUACAUAUAAGUAUUGCCAAAUACAUGAAAGAAAUCACAGUGGAGAGAAACCCUAUGUAUGUGAAGAGUGUGGGAAAGCAUUCAAUUGUAAGAGUUCAUUUUGUAAACAUAAAAGAACUCAUACUGGGGAGAAACCCUAUGUAUGUAAGCAAUGUGGGAAAGCUUUCAGGACACAAAGUGAUUGCCACAUACAUGAAAAAAUCCACACUGGACAGAAGCCCUAUAUAUGCAAGCAUUGUGGUAAAGCAUUCAAUAGACACAGUAAUUGUCAAAUACAUGAAAGAAUUCACACUGGAGAAAAACCCUAUGUAUGUAACCAAUGUGGGAAAGCUUUCACUGAUAACAGUUCAUUUUGUAAACAUAAGAAGAUACACUUCAGUGAAGCACUAUGUGUGUGAGCAGUGUCAGAAAUUAUUCAGUAUACACAAUUGUCAAAUACGUGAAAGAAGCAACACUGUAAAGAAAGCCUGCAUAUUUAAAAAAUGUGAAAAAGCACUUAAUACAUACAUGUACUGUCAAAUACUGAGUUAAGUCACAUUACUGUGAAAUUGAAAGUCUUGGCGAAACCUUUCAAUAAAUGCUAUGUCAAAUACAUGAAAGAAUUCAUACAGGAGAAAAGCACUAUACAUGCCUUUAGGACACAAUUAUUAUUAAAUACAUUUUCAAAACUCAACAUUGUUGAGGAAACCCUUUGUAUGUUAGCAGUGUAGGAAAGUUUUCUGCACACAAUCAUUGUGAAGUACAUGAAAGAACACACUAGAAAAUUUAUGUAAACAGUGGAAAAGCACCAACUACACAAAGUUAUCACAUAUAUGAAAGAAUUUACACUGAUGAACCCUGAGUGUGUAAGAAAUGUGUGAAAGUAUUUAGGACACUGUCAAAAUGUGUGUGUACACAUUGCAAAAGACUUCUAUUAAUCAUAGACAUUAAAUACCACAAAAGAAAUUAGCCAUGAAUGUGUCAUGGCACAGCGACAUGAAAGGAUUCAGUGCGAAAAGGAGCCUUUCUUUGUAAACAAUAGGAAGUCUUUCAGUACUCAGAGGUAUCAUUGCAUAAAAAUAAGGAAAUGUGAACAAAGUAAAUAUUUUUUCUAAAUGUACGUGAAAGUAUUCAACUGGGAGAGAAGCCAUAUGUAUAUGGUAAAUGUGGGAAAUCCUUCAUUUCUUCAGUUUACCUUGAAAGACAGAAACUUACACUGGAUAAAAACCCUAUAUAAAUGGCCAACUAGAUAAGCUCAGCGGAUUAAAGGGCCUGUUUAGGCAGAUGCGGGGGCCCGGGUUUGAUCCCCGGCUUACUGUGCCA